AUGCAUUAAUUUUAGGCAGCUAAUGAUUAUUAGUAAAAUUUAAUAGAUUAGUAGCUCAGAAAGAAUGAUGAGAACGGAUACAAUUUAUGGUAUUAAAACUAUAGCAACCCUAAUAAUUAAAAUAACAUUAUGAAUUUCAAUAAUUAAUAAUCAUUUAAUAAUACAAAUGCAAACUAUAGUGAUCCUUCUAUGUUAAAUUAACCUAGUUCUUCAUAAUAAUUAGGCCAUAGCAAUUUAAUCAUAAACAAUAAUUUUCAAAAUAGUGUUUAGUAGGUGAAUGAUGAAGGUCCAAUCAACUGCGAAAGAUGUUAGAAAGCGCCAAUAGAAUAUAUAAGAUUGAAUUGUGGUCAUAACUUUUGUUUGGAGUGUAUGGCUAUAAGCUUCCUGAAAGGUGAGGGGAGAUUAAUUCCUGCAUCUGAGAAUCAGACAAGCAAUAUUUCAAACUCAAAUGAGAAUGGUGAAGAAAGCAACAACGGAUAAAACGAUAGCAUAGAAAUGACAUGCUUUAAAUGUGGUUAACUAUGCGAAUUAGGUCAUUAGAGUAGAAGUGCAAUUUUUAUAUUUAUUUAAAUGAUCAUUUAAAAGUAUGAGUAAAAGUCAAGUCCGAUUAAUUCAACUUAAACAAGUUCUUCAGCUGCUUUUGGUAUGCAAAUCAAUAACCAAGUUAAUAGCAAUUUAACUAACACUAGUUCUAGCAUUUAGGCAAGUGCCUAAAAUAAUUAGAUUAUUAAUGGCAGUAGUUUACCUAACUAAAUGAAUAUAAGUGACAAAAUAACUAGCAUUGAUAAUAAUUUAGUGAAUAUAGUUGGCAAUUAAAUAAAUGGAGUGUUAAACGUAAAUAUGUAGAAUAAUCAAGCUAUUAACUAGAUUAAUGUAAAUGGAAGUUAAAUUAAUGCCAUAGGGUAAUAACAGAAGUAACAGUAAAUCAUAUAAGGUGAUUAAAUGCAAUAUUUUGAUUAAAAUCAAAUCUAAUUCGAUAAUUCUAAGAUCAUUCAACCUUUGAUAUAAAAAGAAGACAGUGGCAAAAAUGAUGAAAAAUUAAUAGCUUUAUCUAAUAAUAUUUCAAAUAGUAAUAGAGUAAGCAACUACACUUCUAAUUAAAAUGCAAUUAGAGGUUCUGAUGAAGAUCUGUUGCAAUAUGAGUCUAUCGAGUCCAAUAAUAUCUUACCAACUCAAAAGCAAUAGUUAAAUAUACAAGCAGAUGUUUCUCUUUAAUAUUAAUAAAUGCAACAACAACAGUAAUAAUUUUAGCAAAGAAACAGAAUAAAUUCACCAAAUACAAAUGAAACUCAAAAUAAAAAUUUCAAUGCAGUAUAAGUAAAUAAUAAUCCAAAUGCUUAACCAAUAUAAAAUUUUGAUAGUAAUUAAAUGAUAGUAUAAUAAUAAGCUUCAAAUAUACAAUACGAGAAUGCUAAUCCUAAUUUUGAAACACCUUUUAUUAAGCAGUAGCUAUUAAUCAGCACAAGUAAAAACCAAAACCAAAUUUAAUCAUAAGACAAAAUAAGAAUUUCUCAACAUGAAUAGAAAGAGGAUGAUAAAGUAAAUUUGCUUUAGCAAUAAUUAUUAUAAAAAUAGCUAUUGCAAAAGGGAUCUUAGAAUGGAAGUGUGGAUUAACAAAUUCUACUUUAGUAGUAACAGGAAAAUAUGAAAAACAGUUAAUAUUAGUCAAGCUAAAAUAACCUAGUAUCAACUCCAAAUUAUUCAAUUCUUACAGAAAAAAAACCAACUCAACCAUAAUACUCUUAGAUGAUGCCAAUAAAUAAUCAAACACCACAACACACUCAAAAUUAAGCUAAGAAAAGUCCUCAUUUAAGUAAAUCAACACAUAUUCUAUCUAAUAAUGUUAAUCUUACCCCUAUGCAGUAAUAGAUGGGUAAAAAUAAUUAUAAUCUUAAUUCAGCACAAAGUUAGUAAUUUUAGAAUGAUUAUGGAAACAAUUACAAUUAAUAACUUUAAUUGUAAAUGGAACAUGAAGGUACACAUUUAUUGAAUGGUGAUAAUAAACAUAUCCAUCCUAAGUUAAGUGCUUUUAGCGCUUCAAAUAACAAGAGUUAAGCUAAGCAGUAGUAUUCUAAUUUUAGUCAUUUGUAGCCAUAUGGAAAUGGAGAGGAAGCUAAUAGUAUUUUCUAAGCACAGCUGGCUCAUAACUAGAAGCAUCUACCUUACAGAUAGCAAUCUCAGUUAGAGACAGGAAUUAUAGAAGAAUAUGAAGCAAACCAAUUAGAGAUCAAUGAGAAUCUAUAAAACCAAAAAGCAGUUAAUUUGAAUUAGAAUUUAUAACAAAAUUAAUAAGAUGUCUAGCAUUAAAUUUUAGGAGGUAAUCUUUAACACUAGCAAAUUAAUAAAUUAUAAUUGCAUCAAGUUGAUGAAAUAAGAGAAAGCAAUUCUGCUUUUAACUCUUUAAUUGGUGGCUCAACAUCAUCUACUUAACUUAAUUGUAAUGAACACCCAUUUAAUGAAUUGACUUUGUAUUGUUUUACUUGUGAUAAUAAACUGCUUUGUAUAAAAUGCUUAUAAAAUGGAGAACAUAGAGAUCAUGAUGUUCAAAGUAUCAGUAAAAACUUUGAAUAUCUAUUAGGAAAAAUGACAGAAACCUCUCAUGAAAUAAACUCUAGUAUCGAAUAACUAAUAAUCUAACAGAAGAGGCUAGUAGAUAAAAGAAAGGAGUGCUUAAGAUAAAUAAAAAUAAUAAAAGAUUAAAUUUAAGAUAAUUUAAACGAUGUAAAAGCCAGUAUAGCAAGCAGAGAAUAACAUUUACUUUAAUAGGCUGAACAAAUUUUUAUGAAUAAGCAAAGUGAAAUUUUAAAAGAAAUAUAGGUAAUUUAGAACAAGACAUAAGUGAUACAAGAAGUCAAGAAUUAAUUUGAAUUAAUAUGCGAGUCAUAUUUUAAAAAUAAAACAACCACAAAUACUGAUCGAGAAGUUGAUUCUCUACCUCAUCAAUAACAUAAUCAAGAAUAACUUUUGUAAGAAUAGUAGCAGAAAGCUCAUGAACAGUAAACAAAUCACAUAUAGUAAUAGCUUGAAUAGAUUUUACAGUAGAAGUUCUAUUUAUAACAGUUACAAAACGAAUAGCAUAUUUAACAAUAGCACCAAUAAAAUUAACAAAAGAAUAAUUAACAAAUUCCUUAACAUUAUGAUAUUUUAGCAACAGAAAAUAACUCUACAGAGGAGCUGCAUGAUACUUUUAAAUUUUCAAGUGAAGCUGAAAAAAUUAGCUUAUAUCGUUUCUAUUAAUAGUGCAGAUCUUUCCUUUGCUAGUAAGGAAUUACUAGAAGUAGUUAAGGUAAUGAAAAAAUAAAUAUGACUCAACUUUAAUAACAGCAGUCUCCUCAGUAUAGCUCGUAUCAAUUAACUCCUCAUCAACCUAGGACUACAUAAUUCAAUGAAACUCCUCGCAGUAAACAUAACAUUUAAUAAUAGCUUUAAUUCUAAAAUAUCUCUUAGAUUCAUUAAAGUGGGGUAACAAGCAAUUAUCAAUCAAAUUAACCCUCAUCCUAUAUACAGUAGCAUUAAAUGCAGCAAUAAUCUAAUGCCCAAAGAAAUCAGGGCAAUUUUGAAUCAUAAUAUGCUAGUAUUAGAUCGAAUAUUAGUUAGCCAAUAGAAGAAGAGGAGUAUUAGCAAUAAUAAUUUCAAUAAAAUUAUUAAUAAUACAAUAUAAUGAGCUCUUAAGAUUUAUCUUAGUUGAUAGACGACGUACAAAGAAUUAAAAAAGAAGCGACAUAGAUUGACUUAAAUAAUUAUGCUAGUAGAUAAAACACAACUCUAAACAAUAGCAAUCUAAAUUAAAAAGAAAACUCAAUUCUUCCUUCUUCUUCAAUUUAAGCUCCGUAGCGUGGUAAUUAACUAUUUCACGACUAUUUAAACAAGCAGCGCUAUUAAAAUUAGUUAUAACAAUAAUAUUAAAACACUCAAUUGUAGCACUCAGAAGAAAAAAACAAUUAGGGACAACCUUACUAAAAAGAGUAACCAUAGGAGUACAUGAGUCAACUUAACUAUUAAUAAAGUUAAAAGAUUAACUAAAGUAAGGAUCAAAAACUAUAAAAUCAUAAUGAAGAAGAAAAUAAUAAUUAUAAUUAAGUAAAGUAGCCCACUUCUAGAAAUUCUUAGUAUCUUAUGCAAAGAUUAUAGGAGAAUAUGGAAAAUUACUAAGGGAGUUUGAAUGGAACUAGCAAUAAAAAGAUAAAUUCGUCAACCCUUAAUUAAAACUCAUAUUUAGCAUUCCCAACCUAAUCAUCAGAGACAGAACUUUAUAAGAAAGAUUAAGCUAAAAAUAGCAGCUAUCUAAAGCAAAAGAGAUCAAAAUGGCUCGAUGAGGAGGCUCUUGAAUAAGACUAAGAACACUAGAAUAAUUAUUACACUUAUUCUAAUUAAAAUUAAUAUUUUUAUGAUAGGAUUAAUGCAAUUGAGAAUUUUGAAUAAGGAAACUAGAAGCAAAAAUAAGAAUUCAAUAAGCACCUUGACAACAUUUUUAGAAAAAAUGGAAUUCAUAAUAAAAAUAGUUUACUCAACAAACUUCAAUAUCAAAAUUCUUUAGAACACCAACCAGGUAAUCAAAUAAUGUCUAAUAGUGUAUUAGUUGGUAGCAACGGCUAUUAAACAGAAAGACUUAACACUAAUCCAGAGCUCUUAUAUAGCAAUAUUAAUAGAAGUUAUACUAACACAGCAAUAAAAUAAAAGUAGGAUUUCACCCUAGCUAAGUAAGAUGAUAAAUAUAAAACAGAACCCUUUUCUCCAAAUUUCAAAAGAUAAAUGAUAAAUUAGGCUCAAUACAGUUAUACUACUCGUGCUUCUAAUCAAAAUACAAGUCUUUCAAGAUAAACAAUAUCUAAUUCUCAUUUAAAAGUAAAUGCAUCAUUGAGUACCCAUAAUAACUCAAAUACUGCAAAUCUUCAAAAAACGACACUUUAAAAAGACUAGCAAAUAAAUGCAUAGAAUUCUAAUUACCAACUUAACCAAAGAAGCUUAAAAAAACAAUAAAACCAAUCUGCCACUCAAAGAGAUAGAAAUUUAGAUUCUUUGUUUGAAACUUUAAGAAUCUAAAAAGAGCAAUACAACAUUAAAAAGAAGUAGUACUUCCUUUAAGAAUGA